AGUCCAGCGCCAACCCGAACGACCCUCUCCUAUUCCCCUCCUCAUAAAUGCCCGGUUUGGGAAGCAGCUCUACUCCCCGUCCCCAUCCCCAUCCUCUCUUUCUUGUCUUCUAUUCAACCCAACCUACCAGAGAAGCUAUUGAGAGAGAAGAACACGCUUCUUCUUCGUGUUUGUGUGCGUGAGAGAGAGAGAGACAGAUGAUGAUGACGAAAACGACGACGGUGGAGGAGGAGAGGAAGAGGAAGGGGGAGGGAGAGGAGCGUUUGGGAGAGGGUGGAAGCGCGGUGAGGACGGCGGAGACGAUGCUGAGGUUGGUGCCCGCGGGGCUGUGCGUAGCGGCGCUGGUGAUCAUGCUCAAGAACGCCCAGGACAACGACUUCGGCGCCGUCUCCUACGCCGACCUCACCCCCUUCAGGUAUCUGGUGUAUGCCAAUGGCGUCUGUGCCGGCUACUCCAUCUUGUCGGCCUUCUUCUGCACUGCCAUGUCACGACCCAACACCUUGUCUCGUUCAUGGCUCCUAUUCUUCUUUGAUCAGGUGUUCACGUAUGUGAUCCUCGCCGCCGGGACGGUGUCGGCGGAGCUGACGUACCUGGCUUACCAAGGGGACGAGGCGGUGACGUGGAGCAAGGAGUGCAGCGUCUUCGACAGCUUCUGCCGGAGAGCGACGGCGUCCAUCGGCAUCACCUUUGGGGCGGUAGCCUGCUACGUUGUGCUCUCUCUGCUCUCCUCCUACCGUCUCUUCAGCACCUACGGAGCCCCGCUUCCUUUCGUCGGCAACAAUGGCUUGGAGAUCGCUGCCUUCCCCCGCUGACGGCCACUUGGCCUGCGUUUGGGACUGCAACAUGGAAACAGAGGAUGCUAGGCUAAGUGUGAACUCGUUCUUCAUCAACAAGGUUGCAGUGAUAUUUGAUGAUUCCGAAGUGUACACCGGGGAGAAUUACUCUUGCUUCGUAAUUAAAGUUUUACUGUUACUGUUGCAGUUUCCCCACUCUUUGACAUGUAUUCCUAUAUACAAUCUCAUUCAGCUCAGGUUUAUUAGUUCUUUCGGACAUAAAUCUUGCUAAGAUAUGAAUAUGUGAGACUGUUAUAGGAUGCUUGGAUGCUCUGCUGUUAAUGCCAGGAUAUGUAGACUUUGUCACCAAAACCAUUUGAUAGGUUGGGGAUGGAAAGCCGUGAAUGAUCUGUUUGGAAUUUAGAUACCAACUGAGCAAUCCUAC